CCGGCGCCGCCGUCGCGACAUUACAGUUCCGACCGGAUCACGUACCGUACCAUCCGUGCUGGCAGCGUGCGUCCACGACGCAUACCUGUCGCCUGUCGGACUACCAUAAUACAAACAGACGUUAAAAAUAUCAUCGUUUCCUCAUUUGAAAUCAAAUCGUGAUUUGUAACGACUUUAUUCGGUACUCAAACACACAUUGCGCACGUACUGAUAGUACCGUAAUAUACCGACCAACGACCAUAGUAAUAACAAUAAUCGUUUGUCGCGAACUGAUUUCACAAUAUUUGCGCACAUAGAUUUUCGGCGAAAUAGUCGAGCGCGGACGGGCGCAUUUUUUCUGCGACCCGAGGGCCCGUACCGUUGCGUCCACUGCUGCAGCCGCGGGCCACAACAAACCCGUCGUCGUCCCCUGCGAUGGAGAUCACAGUGUCCGCGCCGAUCGACUUUAGCGUGUCGGUCAAGAGAACGCCACCGACGGCCAUCGUCAGGACGCCUUCAUCCGGGGCCGCCGCAGCCGCCGCCGUAGCUGCCGCCGCUGCCGCUGCAACCAGUUGUGGCGGCGGCACCUCGUCCGCCGCCACCGCACAGCAGUCCAAUGACGGCCGUCAUUCACCCGCCGCUUCGCCCGCACCGCCGUCAGGUCUUCUAAAGUUCGUUCAGCACGAUCACCAACAUCAUCAUCACCAUCACCACCACGCCACGGGUGCCGGCGUCAUAAAUGCCUCGGCCGUGAACGGGCACCACCACAGCAGCGCCGGCGGAAACAGCGCGUUCCGCUUGGUCACCCCGAAAGCCAAACAUAACGAUUGCAUAAAGUUCGGCAUCAGUCGCCUGGUGGAAAAGUUCAACGACAGCCGUUCGGCUUACGACACAUCGUACGCUGCGAACAACAACAACAACAUCACCAAAAGCCUCAAUGUACCGGAUAUCGAUAACCGUCGGGGACCUGGUGACGAUGACGACGACGAACGGGAAGUGAAGAGCGGCCGAUGCGCUAGGGAGUCAUCCCGGAAGAUAUGGUCACCGGUGAGGAGUUCGCCAUCGCCGUCCUCAUCGUCCGAACUAGACGUGGAGAGCCGGUUGGCGUCACCGGACAUCGACGUGACCAAAUGCGGUACCACCCCUCCUCCACCAGAGCAGCCCCCUCAGCCCAUCGUAUCUAUGGUGCAGGUGACUGCCCGCAAGCCGCCGGUAACCGCCAAGAACUCUGAGGCGUUCAGUGUCAGUGCGCUGCUCAAGCCAGACGCGCCCCGCACUAUUAGACAUCCGUUCAACCACCAUCACCACCACCAUAACCAGCAGCAACAACACCAUCAACAGCACCACCAACAGCACCACCAUCAGCAGCAGCAGUCGCCAGCUAUAACAGCCGUGGAUACCAUAUCGGUAACGAGAUCACUGCUGUACCCUGCCGUCCAGUUCCCGGACCUGAUCAAAGACACCCGGAAGGAAGUGCACCUGCACCCGUCCGCAGCCAACACUCUGCUGCAGAAACACUUUUCCGGUUUCAGCUUUCACCCGCACUUCUAUUCGGCCGCCAACAUGUUGAACCCGUCCAGCGGUUCACCUGAGCACGGCGGCAACGGCGGCUGCAGUGGCGGCAGUGGUGACCCUCACACCGAUAACAAUCACAACUUGCUCACCAGCUCGUUGUAUCUGAGUCUGGGCGCUGUCCAGGCAGCGGCCGCCGCUGCUUUUGUCCAUCCUCUGUCCUCAACGGGCAUGAGUUCACCGGCGGCCAAUCCGUUCCACUCGUCUGGCCAACAGCAGACUUCCGGCGGUGUGGUGGUGCCGCACCCGUCGGCCGAGGACAUGAUGAAGUUGCGUCAGCAGUUCGCGCCCGGCGCCAAUCAGCCGCUGGCCGCAGCGCCACCGACUGACCCCGGCGGCCACAUGCGACACCACCACAUGUUGAUGCGAGGCUCCGUCUUCGGCGACGUGUACUCGUGCAUCAAGUGUGACAAAAUGUUCCCGACGUCCCACGGUCUGGAGGUGCACUCCCGGAGGUCGCACAAUGGCAAGAGGCCGUUCUCGUGCGAGCUGUGCAACAAAUCGUUCGGUGCCGAGAUAAGCCUGAACCAACACCGAUGGCUCUGUUGUCGUCGAUCGGCGCAUAACGUAGAAAAACUGUUUGAAUGCAAACAGUGUGGUAAAACGUUCAAAAGAUCGUCCACUCUUUCUACGCACUUGCUGAUCCACUCAGACACCCGACCAUAUCCAUGUCAGUUUUGCGGAAAACGGUUUCAUCAGAAAUCCGACAUGAAGAAGCACACUUACAUUCACACAGGCGAAAAACCGCACAAAUGUCAGGUGUGCGGAAAAGCGUUCAGCCAGUCGUCGAAUCUAAUUACCCACAGCCGGAAGCAUACUGGGUACAAACCGUUUGCGUGUGACUUGUGCGGCCGUGCUUUCCAACGCAAAGUCGAUCUCCGUAGGCACAAGGAAACGCAGCACACUGAUUUCCGGUCCGGAAGUCUCACGUAAGCCGGACCACCCACUCCACCCCCCAUAUAAAAAAAAAAAUUUUAAAAAAAAAUGUCUAUAAUUAUUGCCGCGCAUACUACACUAUAUUAUAACUCGCACCUGUAUCCACUUUUACAUUACAUUGUUAUAAAUAUAUUAUAUAUAAAUAUAUUUAAUAUAUACUUAUAUAAUAGUAUAUCAUAUUAUAAUAAUAUACUACAUAAGUGUCUUAUCGUUUCUUCUGUUUCUUUUUUUUUUUAAAAAAACUACAUUGUUUGCGAAGUUUUUCCACCUUCAAUGAUCAGUGGUGAACCAUCAUAACUAUUAUUAUUAUUAUUAUUAUUAUUAUUAUUAUUAUUAUUGUCGUUAUAUUGUAUCGAUUGAAUAUAAAUCGCAGUCGCUGUGUGUUCAUAAAAUGUAUCAUAAUAUUGUAAAAUAUUGUACACACAACGACGCGAGACGUCAUGCAUGACAUGUAUUUCUUAAAUUCAAUUUUAUAUAAUUCAUAUUAUAAUACUUAAUAUACUGUAUUUGUAAUAUAUAAUAUAUAUGCAUAGAUCUUAUACUAAGUAUAACUGUGUAAGGUCAAUGAGUAUAAGUAUAGUUAUAUCAUAUAUCAUUAUGAAUGUGCUUCUUAUAAUAAUUAUUAUGUAUAUAUAUAUAUCAUAAUAUAAUAGCCGUGUUCUUGUUUUCAUACAAAUGUUUCUUUAUUAUUUA